AUGAUUCCGUUGGUACCUUUCGUGGUUUUCGCUUAUUUAGCACUCUACGCACUCGCAUUUAGCAUUCCUGCACACCUACUACCAAGCCAGAAGCCCUUGGGAAAGCAACCUUCCUGGUUGUCAAAGGAGAAGACCGAAUUUGGGCCGCAAUCGUCAUUAGACGCAUGGCUAGAAGAAGAGCAGAAGAUAGCAUUAGAAAACUUACUCAAUAAUAUUGCGCCUGGCGGUGCGAGGGCUCCUGAUGCUGCACCAGGCACUGUGAUUGCAAGCCCAAGCAAGGAGCAUCCUAAUUACUACUAUCAGUGGAUCCGAGAUGCGGCCAUUACGUUGGCAACUUUAGUCGAUUGGUACGAGGAAGAUCCCACCAGCUACCUCUCCUCGAAAAUAGUCUCUAUCAUGGAGGCAUACGCUGCAUUUUCACAUCGGCUACAGCACACUCCUAACCCGUCUGGCACAUUUGAAGACCAUCUAUCAGGUUUAGGGGAGCCAAAAUUUCAUGUCGACGGUUCUGCGUUUACGGAGAACUGGGGACGACCACAAAGAGAUGGGCCGCCACUCCGUGCGAUCACGCUCAUGCGCUACAUGAAGGCAUACAAUGCGUCCCAUGCGGAUCUUUGGACGCAGCGGUCAGGCUUUUUCCAGGAUUUAUAUGAUGCGCGCAUGCCGGCCAACAGCACCAUCAAGGCAGAUCUAGAGUACACGAGCCACUAUUGGAGAGCCGAAGGGUUUGAUUUGUGGGAGGAACUCAUAGGCCUACACUUUUUCACCGCCAUGGUCCAACUUCGUGCGCUGCGAGAAGGUGCCAGGGUGGCAUCACUGUUUGCCGACCCCGGUGCGGCACGAUGGUACGUCGACCAGGCCGAACGCAUGCAGUCCGAUCUUCUACCCAGGUUCUGGAGCGAGGAGAAGGGACAUCUUGUAGAGACUCUUGACUCCGGUCGAUCCGGCCUGGAUUGUGGUAUCUUACUCGGUGCCAUUCACGGGACCACUACCGAGUGCAGCACGAACCCCACGGAGGCGGAGCAGUGCGUGUAUGCUCCGUACAGCGACGAAAUUCUCGUAACCUUGCUUAACUUUGUUCGCGACCAAGCCGCCCGCCAUCCGAUAAACACUCAGCCGAUCAUUGCGUCUCCUUACAAAGACAUUAGCGAUCUCGCUGGAGUCGGUGUGGGACGUUAUCCAGAAGAUGGCUACGAUGGCUACGAGACAAUUCCGGGGACUGGCAAUCCAUGGUUCUUGUGCACAAGCUCUGUGAGCGAAGUCCUGUAUCGCACGCGUUUGCAUCUUCAAACCACCGGCGUCCUUAAUGUCACUGAGCGCGGACUCCCAUUCUGGGAGGCGCUUAUUCCGACUCAGCACCCGUCACCAGGCACCUAUAAGAGGGGGAACGACGUCUUCGAGGAGGCUGUACGCCGCCUCAAGAGCGUGGGUGAUGCUUUCUUGAAGGUAGUGCGCACACAUGUCGAUGGCGAAGGAAGGAUGAGUGAACAGCUCGACAGACACAAUGGGUACAUGCGUGGUGCCACUGACUUGACGUGGAGUUACGGCGCGUUUUUGCAGGCGACAAGAGCACGGAAAAUGGCUGCAUGA